AUGGCGCCCAAGGCUGAUAAGAAGCUCUCCAAGAAGGAGCUCAAGGCGCUCAAGAAGAAGGAAAAAGAGAAGCUGCGACUAGAAGAAGAAGAGAGGCAAAGGAUCGCCGAAGAGGCAAGACUAGCAUGGGAGGCAGAACAAGCACGGCUUAAAGCCGAGCACGACCGAAUAGUCGGCGAGUGGGAAAGCUUAGAGCCAGUUCUAAAACGUCGCAGGGAGGGACUUGCAAAGCAUGAAGCUCGUUACAAUGGAGCUGCUGAGUGGAAGAGAUAUGUUGAGCCUGGUCCUCUUCCUUAUGCUGGCAAUGAUCCAAGCAUGAACGGCUAUCUCAACGUUAUGGCGGAGGGAUAUGACAAGGAUAUAAACGACGUGAUGCGCACUCUCACGGAUAUUUACUCGAUCUUUGCAGGGGCCGAAGAGCUUGCUUUAGUGGAAGAGCAGAAAGGGAGGCCACAGCUCGUCGAGAAGUACCACGAUUACAUGAGAAGGCUGGAAGAGCUUGCAAACAGACGACUUAAUCAUAACACAGCUUAUCUACUUGAAAAAUCCCACGACUACUACAAGAGGACGAACGAGUGCAGCUUGUUCUCUGGACAAGCAGGCUGGAAACUUGCUUUGUGGGCGAAUCAUGCAAAAAAUCCACGAGCUCGCAACCUUGAUUUCCCGGCCAUCAACUUGUUUGUAGAAGUUCCAAAACCUUUCGUGUUCGCCCAUGUUGGAGUUCGCAUGUACCAUCAAGUCACCGAUCCUCUUUACAAGUCCAAAGACAUUUACAGGACACUGAAACAAUCUUUCCUUGCAGUUACUCCAUUGACAGCAGCAACUAUUCCAGUCGAAUACCCGUUUGUUGGGGUUCCUUUGGGACCUGGAAACGUCAUACCUCCGAUCAUCGUCGCCUAUACAUUGCCAGAGUUUGUCAUCCAUUUUGAUCCUGUUCCAAAAGUUGGAUGCUGGUUUGCGGUAAGCGAGUACGCGACAUGA